AAUGGCCGCAUCCCUAUUCCUCCCGAAGGUAUAAGAGGGCGGGAUGUGGCCGCAUUGCAGAAUUCUCUGUGAAAGUGUUUGAGAGACUGUGGCGAUGUCUGGGAGAGGAAAGGGCGGUGGCGGGAAAGCUCGGUCGAAGGCGAAGUCCCGGUCGUCCCGGGCUGGGCUGCAGUUCCCGGUGGGCCGUGUUCACAGGCUCCUGAGAAAGGGUAACUAUGCUGAGCGUGUGGGUGCCGGAGCGCCGGUCUAUCUGGCUGCGGUGCUCGAGUACCUGACGGCUGAAAUCCUCGAGCUGGCCGGUAACGCGGCCCGGGACAACAAGAAGACUCGCAUCAUCCCCAGGCACCUCCAGCUGGCCGUGCGCAACGACGAGGAGCUCAACAAGCUGCUGGGAGGGGUGACCAUCGCUCAGGGCGGGGUGCUGCCUAAUAUCCAGGCCGUGCUGCUGCCCAAGAAAACCGCCGCUGGGGGCGCCACUAAAAAGUGAAGGGGCCGUUCUGUAACCUGACAACCAAUGGCUCUUUUCAGAGCCACCCACAAAAUCAGUGCAAAGCAGCUAGACUGUCACUGCUGGUUGAUUAAUUUUCAUAUUAUGUGCAAACAUAAUUCCUUUUAUUUUUUCCCUAACCGAGAUAAAACUGGAGCAGCUACCGGACACGACGAAUAAAGUCUGAGGUUUUACUGCAGGGACAGCGACUUGAAAUAAUAACUCAAAGCGGUAUCCCCAUCAAUACGCUGACGGAACAAAGGACAUGCAAUAAGUCGCCGCAACAAAGAGGCCAUUCGAUACGAAACCGACCCGCCUCAGAGGAUCGAAUGAAUACAUUAGUGGGAGAUUUGGUCGUGCAAUUGAAAUUUUGCCCAACGCAUAAAAAUUGUUUGUAUGUUUUGAUGGGCUUUUCGAUUUGGUAACCUUUUCCCACCACCCUCCUCCGUCAAGCUCCGUUAUAGCUGGCAAUACGCCCAGUGAAGAAAUUUGCCCACGGAGGCGUUUCAAUCGGAAACUUAUAAAAUAUGGGGUGCAAUACUUCAAUUGUGUUAUGAUUUCUGAACAUUUAUGAACCUGAUUGCCCCGAGUUACCUUUUGUCUUUAAUGUGAAUUAGUGUAUCUCAGAACCAACAAAUUUCUCUAACAGAAAUUAUGGGAACUGCAGAUGGUGGAGUAUCCAAGCUGUGUAGCUAGAUGCACACAGCACGCUCAGCAAUAUCCCGACACGUCAGCUUUUCUGCUUCUGAGAUGUUGCUUGACCUGCUGCGUUCCUCCAGAUACACACUUCUGUUGUCUAAGCUUCUGCAACAGCUGUGGCAUUGAAUCACAUCGAUAGCUCGCUGUGGGUUUACAUUAAUUAAAGUUCAUAGUUCCUAACUCCCGCACCAGGCGCUGGAACGGCAGUUUGCGGAUCAGCAGCUCGGUGGAUUUCUGGUAGCGGCGGAUCUCCCGCAGAGCCACCGUGCCGGGCCGGUAGCGAUGAGGCUUCUUCACUCCACCCGUGGCCGGAGCGCUCUUGCGGGCCGCUUUGGUCGCCAGCUGCUUGCGAGGAGCUUUUCCUCCGGUGGAUUUGCGCGCUGUCUGCUUGGUUCUGGCCAUUCUCUUCAACUCUCUGCAACAAACACGCAAGCUGCUGCUGUCACUGCCGAGCCUGCUGCGGCGGUGCCAAUUUAUGGGAAUGGAGAGCCCGCCCUAGAGCUGGGAUUGGAUACAGUCCCGUCCCUCAACCCCUCUGAGAAAUGGGAACUGCAGAUGCUGGAGAAUCCAAGAUAAUAAAGUGUGAAGUUGGAUGAACACAGCAGGCCAAGCAGCAUCUCAGGAGCACAAAAGCUGACGUUUCGGGCCUAGACCAAACAGCUCCGGAAGGUACGGAAAAGGCAAUAAAAUAAUUGUUGAAUUCAGAUUGGUUAACCUGAAAUGACAGUUUGUCAAUUUGAAAAAAGCCCGCCGAUUUUAGGUUAAAUAUUUAAAGGAAAAAUAAUGUCCGACGACGAUAAAAUCUGUACUUUGUGGGAUUUUUUAAAAACCAAACUUACAGUUAACGCGGAAAAGACGCGGGUUCAUUGCCUGAUCUGUCUCUAACAAGCAGGAGUAAAGCGGGGUGUUUUAACAAAGCCCAGAUAAACGAAUCAACCGGCCGCCUACCCCCCGUUAAUGAAUCUAAAAAACACCGCCGAUUUAAGCAUAUUCAAAGCUAACAGGGUACUAAAGCUACACAAUCUCAAUUAAUCGGCUCAUUUUUAUUUCACCCAGAUAUAAAUAGUCCGAAAACUGUCACAGAGGGUAACAAGUCAUUAAAAUAUCUGCAUGCUUCCUUGAAUGAAAACUGAACUGAAUUCCUGGGAGGAAUGAAAUAGAAAAACUGCAAUAUGUAACAUUUAGCAUCAGGGCGAAAUUACAAAUCGAGAUCUGAAAUCCGGCUGCGGCACAGUACACCCUCGCUGUGUGCUGCCUUUCCUGUGCUCAGGUCUCCGUUCUCACUGCUUGAUCUUUCUCUAACAUUGGACACGAAAUUAGUGUAUUUUUGUAAUGGAAUGAGCCAAAAUUAAAAGUCGCGAAAAAUGUGAAAUAACCAGCUGCAGUACACUGUCUCCUCCAUAUGUGCUGCCUUUUCCCAUCCUCGGGUCUCCGCUCUCAAUCGGAGGGUUUGGGUGGCUCUGAAAAGAGCCGUUGGGGUCGCUGGAAAAGGGACGAGUUGCUCAGCCGCCGAAUCCAUACAGCGUGCGGCCCUGGCGUUUCAGAGCGUACACCACAUCCAUGGCAGUCACCGUCUUGC